UGCAGUGGACGGGAGGAGAAAGCUGUACUCAGUGGAUGAAAGGAGCCGUUCCCAGUGACUGAAAUAUAGCAACUUACUGAGAGAAGACCUACAUUUACCCUCGUAAAAUCUAUGUUAUGUAUUCUACCAUGAAGUCACCUCUCAAGUCAGGCGAAGAUGAGGAAUAUCAGAGGGAGCUGCGAGAGAAAGCAAACCGUAGCAUCCUGCAACUCAGUAGCAUCUUGGACCGAGAUGCGGAAUCGGAGUCCGAGUGUUCGAAUAGACCGCUAACACCAGAUGACGAAGAACCCACUUCUGAUGUCAGCUCAGUCCAUCAGUUACAAGAGAGUGAAGCAGUUUCUCAGCUGCGGUUGCUUCUGCAAAAACAACCACAAGAAUCAGUCAGUGUCACCUCACCUAGAAGAAAAUCACCAAAGAAAAGCCAUGCUGAGGUGAAAAGUGGGGUACCAGCCGUGCAUGAUGUAAUGCCCAUCGUUCACAAGCAGUCAGAUUACAUCUGCCAGCUGGAGGGAGAGGUCCAGUUCUGUAAGGAGGAGCUCGUGGGCAUGAAGCAGAGGGUGCAGGUGGUGAUUGUGGAGAAUGAGAGGCUGCACCAGGAGCUGACGGAGAGCCUGAAGGAACAGGCAAUAAACCCUGUGGCUCCGUUGGUCUUGAAACCUAAACCCACACCGGCCCCCAGAACACACAAUCCUGCAGAGGAGGACAAGUGGAGAAAAGAACUGGACCGACUGAAGGCUCUCUAUCAAGCCCAGUGUCAGACCCUGGAGGCCCAAGUAAUGUCAUUGAAGAAGGAGCUGGCGACGUCCCGGAAGGAAUCGGAGGAGGUUAAAGGGCAGCUAAAGCACAGCGAGGCCGUGGCGGCAGCAGCGGCGGCGGGCCAGCCCCAGGUGGGUGGCCUCUGUCUGCGCUGCGCCCAGCACGAGGCCGUCCUGGCAGACACGCACACCAACGUGCACACGCAGGCCAUCGAGAGGAUCACCAAGGAGCGUGAUGAGCUGAUGGCAGUGCUGUGUACUCUGAGGGCCAGUCAGGCGGAGGCCCAGCAGAGGGAGUGGAGCUCCUACCAGCAGGUCAAGCAGGCCGUGGCCAUGGCAGAGGAGGCUAACCUGGAGAAGACACGGGCGUCAGUGGAGUGUGAGCAGCUGCGUAGUGAGCUGUGCCGGCAGAGGGAGCGACUGGAGCAGGAGCUGCAGAGCCAGCAGCAGAGGAUCACACAGGCCAGAGACACAGCACGAGACCAGCACACACACCACACACAGGAGCUCACACACACGUUGUCUACUCUGACUCAGAAGGUGGCUGAGUUGGAGAGUCAGCUGGAGAGAGUGGAACGGGAACGCAGCUCUCUGACUGGCCAGCUGGAGGAGGUCUUCCGCAAACUGACCAAUCAGGAGGCGGAAAACAACCUGGUGAGUGGGGAGCUGCGCUACCUGUUGAGUCAGGCUCAGCUGAAGAGGGAGGAGGCCGAGAGGGAGCUCAGAGACUCCACCGCCAAACACACAAGACAACUCGAACUCAGCCAACAGGAGGUGUCCAGGCUGGGCGUGGAGCUGGGCGGUUGCCGGGAGCGUCUGGAGGAGGCCCAGAGGGCGGGGGGGCGCGCGCAGGCGGAGGCUGUGGGUCUGGAGGAGCGGCUGGGCCGGGCCGAGCACCAACUGCACCGCACCAGGCAGGAGCGUGAGGUGUGUGAGCGUGUGCAUGGUGAGGAGGUGUCCAGUUUGACCUUCCAGUGGCAGCGUCGCGAGCAGCAGCUCACCCAGCAGAUCCAGCAAAUGGAGACGCAGCACGAGCACAACGUUGGGGAGCUGGACGGCCUGCUGGGUUCCCAGAGUGACCUGAUCCAGCGUCUCAAGGAGGAGUGCAGGAGCCUCGGCCAGAAGCUGGAGGACGUCACCCAGAGCAGCAGGUCAGAGGUGGAGCAGUUGACAGUGGAGAGGGCCCACCUGCAGGAGAGCGUGGAGAAGCUGAGAGCCCGCUGUAGCAACAUGGAGGAGCAGUGUUUACAACACGGCACCAUGCACCAACGCAUGAAGAAACGGUUGCAGCAGUUGGAUGAGCACUGCCAGUCCAGUGGGCAGCAGGUGAUGGAGCUACUGGCCAGACAGAAGCAGCUGAUGCAGGAGAGACAGGAGCUCGCACACCAGAUACACACACUCAGGACACACACACAGGGUGCAUGGAGAAGCUCAGCAGCAGCUGGUCACCGCGGCAGCACAUCACGCAAGGCAAGGCGAGGAGAAGAGAGGAGAGGAGAGGCACGCGCAUCUGUCGCUCCAGAUUGCACAGGAGCGCAGCGGAGGAGGAGUGGCAAGGAGGAGGAGAGGAGAGGAGUGGAGGAGGAGGAGGGCCAGGGAGGGGUCGUGGAGUGGGGUUGGUUGGCUGGCGCUCCUGGAGGCGGGCCAUGA